UAAACAUUACACAUAUUGCUGCCAAAACUGUUCUAAUCCAAUACUACGUGCAGCAGAAUUAGUUUUUCUACUUGCAUACUAAAUAGACAGACGCAGCGGGCACCCGCGUGACAAUCGACGGCUGAUUCGUCAGUACAUCCAUCAUAAAGCGAAACACAACAAAAACUUCAAGGACACAUGGAGAUGUCCGACUGGAUUAUAUCAAGUAUCUACGUUAGCUGACUGCAAGUGACGAUGAUAAAUACUGUUGUGUGAAUUUAUUUUUUAAACCGCGCGCUCCGGUGUGGCGGCUCGGUGAAUGUGCAGACGCGGAUCGCGCGCUAGCCUCUUUGUUCGCUCGCUUCAGUUCCUGGUGUGAUGGUCCGAGUCCAUAAACGAUCCGGUUACCGAGCUCAGACCCUUCUAAUCUGAAUUAAACUCAUCUCAGUGUGAAUUCUUAUUCUCGGAGUGAGCGACAAUCCGCCGUGGACUCCUGAGGAACAGCUCGCGGUUUCUAGAGUCAGGAUGCUGUUUGAUGUAAGGUCCGUCGGUGUCGGGAUGGGGCUGGACUUCGACGUCAAGACGUUCUGCCACAACCUGCGGGCGACCAAGCCUCCGUACGAGUGUCCGGUGGAGAGCUGCCGCAAGGUGUAUAAGAGCUACAGCGGCAUCGAGUACCACCUCUACCACUAUGACCACGAGCAACCGUUCGGCCUCAACCAGAAGAAGCGCAAGGGCCGACCGCCGCGGGAGCUACAGCGGCAUCGAGCCGACGGGCCCGACUCCAGCACGGGGUCAGGGGUCACGGGGCCGGGCAGCCCCGCCGAGCGCUCGGAGCACUCGCACUCGCCCGUCAGAGAGAGCAUGACCUACGCCGAAGCCCAGCGCAUGGUGGAGCUGGAGAUCCGCGGCCGCGUGCACCGCAUCUGCAUCUUCCAGAACCUGGACGUGCUGUCGGAGGAGGACAGCGGAGCCGAGGACCCCCCGUCGACGGGGACGGCCGGCGCGGCGGUGUGUAACGGAGAGGCCGGGGGAAUCGGCAAGGACCGGCUGGACAGUCCUGCGGCCAACGGGGAGAAGGGGCCGCAGAAAACAGGAAAGCACAAGAGCAAAGACAAGAAGAAGGACAGCAGCUCGCACCAUCACAUGAACCCACUGGUGAAGCUGCCCGAGGUGGUGUUCAGAGAGCUGGACCAGGACAGACCGGACGCUCCCCCGCGACCCAUGUCUUACUACAGGUACAUCGAUAAGUCUGCGGAGGAGCUGGAUGAGGAGGUGGAGUACGAUAUCGACGAGGAAGACUACAUCUGGCUGGACAUCAUGAACGACCGACGCCGGGCUGACGGGGUGGCACCCAUCCCUCAGGAGGUGUUUGAGUACCUGAUGGAUCGACUGGAGAAGGAGUCCUACUUUGAGAGUCACAACAAGGCUGACCCCAGCUCUCUGAUCGAUGAAGAUGCCGUGUGCUGCAUCUGUAACGACGGCGAGUGUCAGAACAGCAACGUCAUCCUGUUCUGUGACAUGUGUAACCUGGCAGUGCAUCAGGAGUGCUACGGGCGUCCCUACAUCCCUGAGGGCCAGUGGCUGUGCCGCCGCUGCCUGCAGUCGCCCUCCAGAGCCGUGGACUGCGCCCUGUGCCCUAACAAGGGCGGCGCGUUCAAGCAGACGGACGACGCGCGCUGGGCUCAUGUGGUGUGUGCUCUCUGGAUUCCUGAGGUGUGUUUUGCUAAUACGGUCUUCCUGGAGCCCAUCGACAGCAUCGAGCACAUCCCUCCUGCCCGCUGGAAGCUGACCUGCUACAUCUGUAAACAGCGCGGCUCUGGCGCCUGCAUCCAGUGCCACAAAGCCAACUGCUACACCGCCUUCCACGUCACCUGUGCUCAGCAGGCCGGCCUGUACAUGAAGAUGGAGCCGGUGCGCGAGACCGGCGCUAACGGGACUUCAUUUAGCGUGCGCAAAACAGCCUACUGCGACAUCCACACGCCGCCAGGCUCCGCCCUGCCCCUGACGGGUGUGGGAGGGGCCAGCGUAGGCUCCUCCCACAGCGAGGGCGAGGCGGAGGAUGAGGAGGAUGUGGUGGGAGGCGAGGAAGACGGGAAGGGCUGGAGCUCAGAGCGCGCCAAGAGGGCCAAAGCAAAGUCACGGCUGAAGAUGAAGAGGGCCAGAAAGAUCCUGGCCGAGAGGAGGGCAGCCGCGCCGGUGGUGUCUGUGCCAUGUAUUCCACCGCACAAGUUGAGUAAGAUCACCAGUAACCUGACGGUGCAGAGGAAGGGUCAGUUCAUGCAGAGGCUGCACAGCUACUGGACGCUGAAGAGACAGAGCCGCAACGGCGUUCCUCUCCUGCGGCGUCUCCAGACGCACCUGCAGUCCCAGCGCAACGCUGAGCCGCUCCCCGCCACGAGGGACGGGCAGGAGAAGCACUCGGUGCUGAAGGAGCAGCUGAAAGCGUGGCAGAGACUCCGGCACGACCUGGAGCGAGCCCGACUGCUGGUGGAGCUCAUCCGCAAGAGAGAGAAGCUCAAGAGAGAGACCAUCAAGGUGCAGGAGUUGGUGUUAGAGAUGCAGUUGACUCCGUUCCUGGUGUUGUUGAGGAGCACCCUGGAACAACUGCAGGAGCGGGACACCAAUAACUUCUUCACUGAGCCUGUACCUUUAAGUGAGGUCCCAGAUUACCUGGACCACAUCGAGCGGCCAAUGGAUUUCCAGACCAUGUGGAAGUGUUUAGAGUCGCAUCGCUAUCUCAGCUUCGACGCUUUCGAGGGCGACUUUCUGUUGAUCGUCAACAACUGUUUGAAGUACAACGCCAAAGACACGGUUUUCUACCGCGCCGCACUACGCUUGCGAGAGGCAGGUGGCGCUGUUUUACGGCAAGCUCGCAGACAGGCAGAGAGAAUCGGUUUUGAUUACGAGACGGGCAUGCAUCUUCCUCGAGAGCCAAGCCCGGAUUCACCGCACGAGCGAGAGAGAGACCAGGACAGAGACAGAGACAGAUCUGCGUUACUCAUUGAUGAUGAUUUCCUGGUGGAGAAUCGGCGGCGUUUGCCCGUCGAGGAGCAGCUGCAGGUCCUGCAGGCGUGCUAUGAUGAGGUCUUGACGGGGAAGCACAGCAUCGGUCAGUCGCGCCGCGCUAAAGCCCUGAAGAAAGAGAUGACGGUCUUGAAGCGGAAGCUGGCGCACCAGCGCGAGGGCAUCUGUGGCAUGGGCAGCCUUGAGUCGGGCCUGUCGCUGGAGCGCGGCUCGGUCCUCACGCAUCACGCCUCGGGGGGAAACCGUCACGACGAAGGAGAGAGCAGCAGCCACGAGAUCGGUGGGAAAGAUUUGAGCGCAUCAUCUUCAGCUCUGGCCCCUGAGGUCGGCCGGCGUACCUCUGUCCUCUUCUCCAAGAAGAACCCCAAAGCCGCCGGGCCUCCCAAGCGCCCGGGUCGACCCCCGAAGAACCGAGAGGCGCUGCAUGGGCCGGGGGUGCUGGGUUCCAGUCCAAUAGGCCCUCCACAGCUCCCGUCUCUCACCCCGUCCCGCAAGAGAGCCCACAGUCCCCAGUCCAGCUCCAGCUCCGAGUCCGACAGCGAGCACGAUCACCUCAUACUGGAUCUUCACAGUAAUGGUUUUGUUGGAAGCAGUCAGCCGAAGACCGAGAGUUUCCUGGUGUACAGGAACGAGCGCUGCAUUCCGACUCAGAGCAGCAGCAGCAGCAGCAGCGCCGCGUCCGACAGGACCAGGGUGAUGCAGGGCUGUUGUUCUUUUUUAGGCUGGGCCUUUCAUUAGGACAGCAGCGAGGAGACGUCCGGCACGGAGAAUGACUCGUACUCCAUGGGAGGAUCCCGAGGAGUGUCCCACUUGGUGCGGAGCCGGGGCCGCUCUGGAUGCUGGAUGAGUUCAGAUGACUACAGCUCUCUGGACGCUCUGGAUCUGGUGUGGGCCAAGUGCAGAGGAUACCCAUCAUACCCCGCUCUGAUCAUUGAUCCCAAGAUGCCCCGGGAGGGUGUGUUCCACCGGGGCGUCCCGAUUCCCGUCCCUCCUGUAGAGGUGCUGAAGCUAGGAGAGCAGAUGACGCAGGAGGCGCGCGAGCAUCUCUUCCUCGUGCUGUUCUUCGACAACAAGAGGACUUGGCAAUGGCUGCCGCGCUCCAAACUGGUUCCUCUGGGCGUCAAUCAGGAUCUGGACAAAGAGAAGAUGCUGGAAGGCCGGAAGUCGAACAUCAGGAAGUCCGGUUCAGGUGGCGUAUCACACCGCGCCAUGCAGCACCGCAACAAAGUCCAGGGCGACCCCAGCAGCGACACGAGCGACAGCGACUGAUAGAGACGGUGACGCCUUUCCACCGAAACACACUCUAAUACUCUCUACUGUGGUGCUAAAGCGCUUGGGGCCGCUGUUAAAGACGUGUGUUUACUGUUAGAUGUGACUGCAGUCCAUUUACCUCACACUACAGCCAGUAUUCAAGGUUUGAGGAACACACUCUCUGUCCACAAAAAUAAAACACACCCUCGCUUGACAAAAUUCAGCUGACCUGAGCUGUGUGAUCUGCUGUGUGUGUGCUAAAGGUGAGGCUGACGUGAAAAGCAUGCCACACAUCCAUGCAGAAAAUGCACAGGUGAAAUGUGACGAUGUAUUUAUUUGUUCUUCCAAAUGACAUUUAUUCCAAACCCUGAAGUGGCCGCACACGCCCCCGGCUCGUGAAGCUGUUGAUAUUCGUCGUGUAUAUUUCUCUUGUGCUCUCUAUUGUUCACUGAGAUCGAAGGAACGAAUCCAUGACUAACUGUUGUCUGAUCAUGUGCCAGUUCUGUCACUGUAGAACUUUUAUAAAUAUAUAAAUAAUACAUGCCAUAGACUUUAAUAAAAAAAGGUUUGAGUUUUGUA